CGGUAACCAUGUGCUGUCAGCUACGAAAGAAAUGGCGGCCACGAGAGCAAGUGCAAAAUGACAAUAACGGCCGUUCAGAAGCUUCGAAAUAUGGAUAUAAUUCUAGACCUUGUCUUUGACGGAACAAUCAUGCCAGCCGAGCUGGUACAAUGGUUGCUCAAUUCUCAGCUGGAUUCAACAACCGUCGAACUAGAGCCGUACACGUCUCAAAGGCGAGAGUUCGUCCCCUUCUUCCUCAACUUCCUCCGCGACCAUUGCCCAACUCUUCAACAACCACAAAAAUCGCCGUUGCCAGCGAGACCGCAUCCGAAGAUCGGCAGCAACGUGAGAAGAGUCGAGCUCCAAUCCCCGCCGGGAAGCUCGACCCCGACUCGAAGCAGAAACCGCGAAGACGUCUUCUGCGAGCUGCCCUACAACCGGGACAGUGCGCCGAGCUGGCAUCGGCACGGGGGUUCCGGUAAUGGGCUUCGGAGGGACUCUUCCCGACAAGAGUUCCCUUCGGUCCCCCCACGAAACGACGACCACAGAAUCAACCUCUUGGCGGCACUCGAGAGGAACGACAGGCCCAGAAGUCAUCAACAAACGACCACCGUCGUGCCGGACAUCCAAGACGACCAGAACUUCCCCGUCGUUGGAGUGAUCGCGGGAAAGCCCAAGCCGAUCCGGAGGAUAACGCCGACGCCCGUCAAACAGCAUUGGCGGAAGCUGACGGUGAGCGACUUCUUGCCGCCCGAGGUUUCUCGCGAACGCGUGCCUUGUCAGGACAAGGCAGGCCGCGGAAGAACGAUCGUCGGCGGUGACACGGGACCGCCGAAGAAAGGCAACAGGGGGUCUCCAGACGGCCAGCAGCGAUCGCCGCCCGUCGCCGCUCCCGUCAGCUGCCAGCGACAGACCGUCGACGACAAGCAGCGACAACAGGACCGGGACAAAGUGCCAUUAAACGAGUACGUCGUCCCGGUCUGCGAGUGCGUGACCGAGCGCACGAAGUUGGACGCCCUGCUCAGAGUCUACGCGGGCCUCAUCAACGCGGGUCUCGUUGGGAACCUGACGAUUGAGUUGUUCUUCGUGCUGCAGCUGCUCACACUGAAAGUGAAGAAGACCGCCGUGCCGGAGGGACCUCUCCUUCUCUGCUCCGUCCACAACUGUGCAUACUUUGCAGUGGGUGUACUCAAAGAAAUACUCGCCUGGCUCCGGUUCCUCGACAGACCCACCCUGAAGCUCCUAAGCAGCGUCCAACAUCUAGCUACCUUCUCCCCGCAGUUGCAGACGGAUCUUGCCUUGCUCGCCGAGGAAGCACCAUCGGUCUCCAGGGUGUGGCCCUCUUCUGUACAAGGUGUCGCGUUUGAAGCUGCCACGGACAACCGGAGGAACUUUUCGUGCGAACACAACUUCCACCUGUUCCGCAGGCAGAGGGACAUGUUCUACGACCUCUUCCACGACUGGCAGCGGCACCAUUUUGACAGCGGAACGACCUUCGAGGCCCGCUUUCCUCGGCGGGUAGCCGAAAUCCUUGACGUCUGCAACGACCCCUGCAACUACUCCCACCUGGCCAGGCUCGUUCUGACACAACUCGUUACGAGCUGCUCUGGCGGAGCAGAAACGGACAGCGGCCUCGGGGAAGACUUGCUCGCGGAACUCAAGAGCACCCUGCCUGACAAGUUUGAGCGCCUGGAGGAACGGUUCGUCCACCCCUUCAAGGUCGGGGGUCCCUGCCCAAGCCCGUCUUUCCCCGGGUGCCAGGGGUUCUUUCAUGACUUCGUCAAAGCAGCUUCGAGCGCAUCGUUCCAUCAACAUUUCAAGGACCAGUGCGUAGAAAGAAUCGUCACGUCCGAGAGAGACGAUGUCUUCGUGGACGUCGACAUGCCGCCCGGCGACGAGGAGAAGCGACGCUUCUUCUCGCUGGUGCACAGGCUCAAGCUCCUGGGUCUGUUCCUCGGCCUCGUGGAGUUCUUGCCGUAUCAUUCUCUCGGGAAGUUCCCGGCGGAACAGCGAGAAUCUCAGCGGUCGAUUCGAAACCUCAGACCGCUGCCGAUAGAUGUCAUGGGUUCUCUCCGGAGAUCCGUGCGCAGGAAACGGCACCUUGUGGCUACCCUCGCUUGGACGGUCAACUUCGUGUCCAUGGCGGAUCCGGUUGGAACCACGCUCGACGGCUACAGGCUGGUCCUGGGAGAGCUCUCCGCCAUCUACGGCUCCGACGCACUGCGUUCGGUCGAACCCACGUCCUUCCUCGUCAGGGCGCUCCUCGGCUGGCUGUUCGAGGUGCUGAACGUUCGGCCGGCACUCUUCACAUUUGCUGGCGUCGCCGCCACCAUCGUGCUGGAAACAGAGCCCGAGAGUUUAGUCGACCAACAGAUUGUGUAUGCGUGCUGCCCUUACCUGGGGGAGCUGCGGUGUCUGCUGGCUGAGCACUUGGCGGGAAGCAAAUCGCGGUAUGGCGGAGACGUCCGCAAGAUAACGCCAGUCUCCGCCCGGGACGUCGAAGACAAAACCGCGGGUGCCACGAAGCGGUUGGACCGCCAACUGGAAGACAACUUCUUCCACAUGCAUCCGCAGUCGGUGAGGAAGAUCGUGGAGUUUGUGGCCGAGCGGGUUUCGUCCAACGUUGCCAAACUCAUCAAGAGGGACAUCUCUGUCACGAUCGAGAACGUCGCGGCCGAUGCGACGUCCCCAACCAAACCCGGCUCGAAUGCUCGGAAAGAGACCGAGAAGGUGACGAAUGCAACGAGCCUUGUGUUCCUCAAGCUGAAGGAGCGCCUGGAAAGAGAGUCGGCCGAGUCCUGCCGCGAACAAGUCGACAGGCUCAUUCCCUUAUUGCUGCCGCAGGACACGCAAGAACAGGUCGUCAGAACCUGUUGCCAGCUGAGCGCAAAGAGUGCCGUCCUCAAGGUGCAACGGUGGCUGACCGUCAACAUCACCGAGUCUAUACUAAAAGACGCGGCCAAUGUCUCGGUGACAACCAAGCCCGCUGGUGUGGCAAGCCGCGACAAUGCUGCACACCAUGGCGCGAGCCGGGCCUUCGACGUUCUCAACGACCUGAGGCUCGCAUUGCAGCGCCUGUGCUGCGACGGGGGGCUCGUUCCUACCGAAAACGCCAUCUCGCUUCUCGAACGCUGCGAGCACUCCCUGAACUCUCGGCUGGAAUGGACGCCGUCCUCGAUUCGCGUCGCACAGCAAACUAGCUUCGACUUCGUGGUCUGUCUCGCCAUCUUCAGCCCGACGUCCUUCACGCACGGCGUCUUCCUGGCGGCGCUGCCCCUGUGGACCGAGAGCAGUGUCGUGCCUGGCAUGUGCAGGAACCUCAUGUGCGAGAGGAACUUGCAGCUCGUGCGGAUGAGCGGGGAUGGGGGUCGCGGCUGGUCGAAGCUCGGAGAGCUUCUUCGAAUGUUGGUGUCGCAAGAGUUUGUCUCCACGGAGGAUCUGGGGGACAUGUUGCAGGCUGUAGGGGAACUGAGGGGAUGCGACGAUUCGGCGGAAAGAGCCGCCGGCAUCCUGCGUGGCAUCAUAGAUGGCGACAUGGCCGGGGAGCCUCUCUGACGUUCCAUGUGGUAGAAAAAUGAACUGCGACGACUCCACUGCCUGUUGGACACUUUUUAUAUAAUUUGCGGGGUUUUAGAAUAGAGUAUCUUCUGUUGUGGGUGUCAAUUCCGUUGUAAGAAGGCUCAGCUUUCAAGAAAUGGUGCAGCAGUUGCGAGUGUUUUUGUAAUUUUACCACAAUCAUUGUUAUGUUGGAAAACCAGGAAUUGUGCUCUUGCCUUUGUAAAUAAGUGUACAAAUUGCUGCCUACAUAAAAUGUAUUAUUAUCUAGCCCAA